CAAACAUGGCGGCGUCCAUGAGCAGCUACUAGUCUCAUAUUCCCUCCUUGUUGAGUCGAUAAAACUCCUUUACUCACGAAAGAGUUUAACAAGACGGAGUGUAGCGGUCAAAAAUAAGCCCUUUGGCUUCCCCUCCUGCAGGUCGUCAUGUCCAGGCUGGCUGUGGUCUGUGGAGGUUCCAGGGGCAUUGGGAAGGCCGUGUCCCGCUUGCUGGCAGAGAGAGGCUGCAGGUUGGCUGUCCUCUCCAGGAACCAAGAUGCCGCCAGAGCCACUGUGGCAUCUCUACAUGGAGAUGACCACUUGGCUUUCAGCUGCGACGUCUCCAAAGACCAGGAGGUGCAGAAAACCUUCGAAAGCAUCCAGAAGACCUGUGGAAACAUCUCUUAUCUUGUGAAUGCAGCUGGCAUCAACAGGGAUGCUCUGUUACUGAGAACCAAACCAGAAGACAUGGUCGCUCUGCUGCACACCAACCUGCUGGGCUCCAUGUUGACCUGCAGGGCAGCACUGCGCAGCAUGAUGCAAACACCGGGAGCAGCUAUCGUUAAUAUCGGCUCUGUUGUGGGCCUAAAAGGGAACUCUGGCCAGUGUGUCUACAGUGCCACUAAAGCUGGUUUAGAAGGCUUCACUCGUUCCUUGGCUAAAGAAGUCGCUUCACGCAAUAUCAGGGUGAACCUACUGGCUCCAGGUUUCAUCCAUACCGACAUGACCGCGGGGUUGAGGGAGGAGGACGCAACGCGUUUCAUCCCUCUGGGCAGAUUUGGGAAGCCGGAGGAAGUAGCUCAGGCUGUGCUCUUCCUUUUGGAGUCUCCCUACAUUACAGGCCAGGUGCUGGUGGUGGACGGAGGCCUGCAGCUCGCCAUGUAGGGAGCAGGAGCUUCCUCUGGAGCUAUUGCACUGCUUAGUACAACAGCAGUGAGGCAGGUGAAGGUGGCGCCUUUUUUGAAUAUCAAAUGCCUUCUUUUAGGCGUAGAAGUUGAACAGGCAUUAAGGGACAGCGAGCUCUGAUGCCGGCUUUCCACUGCAGGUGAACGUUGAUGUGAACCUUCAGCAGUUUCAGGCUUUCUGUUUCUAUUGCGGUAAAAGAUCUAACAGCUUUGACUACAAUGCAAACUCUGAGUGCCCCAAAACAUCGACAAAUAGUCCUAGAAGUGACUUAAUGAGGACUCUGAGGAUGGCAAAUUUUGCAAUGUUGAUGGUAACAUUUGAGACAUGAAGACCACCACAAAACGAGGACACUGGGAGGGAAGAAAGAAACGGUGCUUGUUGUCCUCUCUGAGUUCAACCAAUCAAUCUCAAGCUAUAGACAGCAGUUUUUCAGGAUGGAUCAGAAGUAUCUACUCGAGAGGUUCUCCAAGGAUGGUUCUUGCAGUCAGAACAUGCACAAAGAUUUGAGUAACCCCAAAAUGGUGCGCAAGUUCCUACAGUGAAAAAGGAUAAACGUUAGUCUUGACUGAGGAGCAUCUGAUGGAUAAGAAUGAGGAAAACCUUUGUACUUUAUGUAGCCACAUUAAAUUCAGAGUCAAAUCUGGUAAACUAUUGGACUGUGAGAUUGUGUAUUUGUUGUCUGUAUCAGUUCUGGUCUUGUCAAAACUCUUACUGCUAAACACAACAUCAUUGCCUUCGGGCUAAGCAACAUAUAUAUAUGUUGUUUACUUGCUAGCCACAUAGGAGACAAAACCACAUCUACCAUUGCAUCACUGACCUCCUGCUCUGUCUUUCUGCUGAGUCACUCUAUCUGGCCACGGUGGGCGUGGCCUGAAGCGUGUGACAGUCAAUCAUGACUAACGCCGCCGACUCCAGAGUGUCUGGCCGAGUCCAGACCUCGAUGCCCCAAAGGUCCUAAAUUUGAUCAGCAGAUUUAACGCUGUUGGUCUUUUUCCAUGACUGUAAAGCGGCCGCCGCUGAUCCUGACGCUCAUGUUUUGUUCCCUUGGGAGACCCCCUCACGGCCGGCACAUGUUGCCCUCACCACCACCCCCCCCAACCAGCGGCCCCCUGAGCCCACCUCUGGAGGGGCCUGUGGAGGGGCCAGGCAUGCUGGGCUGCAGCUGGAGGAAAUUAGAGGUAGCGGUGGAGGUGGAGGGGGGGUAUUUUUAGCUCUGGGAAUGUUUUGAGUGUCUGGUUACAGCUCUGGACCUGCAGUGUGGACAGAUGGGGUUGGAGGUGGCUGUCAUGUUCGGUGAUGAGAUUUGAAAAGCUGUGUUGCGUGCUCCUUUCAUUGAAACAUGCUGUUACCAAUGAUAAGCCUCACAACCAUGACUUUACGUCUCUCUUUUAUGUGCACUCUUCUAAACGUUGUAGCAAAGGACUGCAUUACAUUACAGCCCCGAUUAGCAUUCUUAGCAAGAAUGGUAUUUCCACUGUGACUGACAAUGUGUGUUUUGGCAAUCUCUUAUUGUUUUAGGAGGAGCCUGCCAGUCUAUAAAAACAUUUCACGCUGUC